AUGGACAUACCAUCACAAACCAUGAUAAUGGAUACCCCCUCUUUCGCAAGAUCCGUCUUUCAGCGUACUUCAACAGACAACUUUGGAGAAGACGCCGUGUUUGUGAUGGGAAACUGGUCCGCUCCCCAUGCUAGGUAUCAUGAGCCCAUCCGUGGCCUUGGUUUCCGAAGACUCCUCAAGAAACAUGGGUUACAAGUCUAUCUUAUAGACGAGUACAAGACCAGUAGAUGCGCCAAUCUAUACUGUAGACCCGCCAUGGCAGCUCCAGAUAGAUAUUGCUUUUGGAACAGGGAUGUUGCUGCUUGCCUCAACUACAUGCACAUCCUUCGUGAGCUUCGACGUAAUGGCAUGGUUCCUUAUAGGUUUCACCGGGCUGCUGUUGCUCAUACAAGACGUCGAAGAAGAGUGAACGAUCAGGAGCAACCAAGAACUAGAAUACGUUUAGACGAUGAUUCUCCGUCCUAG